AGGAAGUUGGGAUUAUGGCAUUAGUAAUUAACCACCUCGCUGAAAAUUGUAAAAUACAAAGUCACCAAAAAGAUUUUUUUCAAUUUUAUUUUCUCUACAUGGAAUUAAAAUGCUAUUUAAGCCAUCUAAUGCAACAAUAGGUUCAUAUUUACAUAGGAAAUUGUUCCGGACGCGCACUUUCUCUUCCGGACGCGCAAACAGAGUUCCGGACGCACAUUAGGUGGACCCCUGGCUACAGAGGAAUGGAAAUAGCGCCCAAAGUGAUGGUGUUUCAUUCGCCAAGCCGAAACUGUCUUGAAUUAAUCUGAGGGGACAACUGAAUUAGCAUAACCAUGACAUUGGAGGCACCCAAACGUCAUGACUGUAACACCUCAUGAACUUCGGUGAUUACCGAUGGAACAUCUGUGAUGAUGGAUCAGACAGGUCAAGAUACAACUAAUGGUAUACAAAUCCAAGACACUAACCUGAUAGAGAAUGGAACUCUACUUCAAGUAUCUGCAAGCCAAGAAUGCAAAGAAAACGACAAAAAUGGACUUGUUAUAAAAAAAUUGAAAACUUCCCCUCAGCCAUCAGUCUGUGACAAGGUACCCAAUGGGGACAUGCUGUCAAGCAGUGACAAUACUGUCACUGAUAUUGGUGACCUACCAUCGUCGCAAGAUCCACCAUCACUCUCUAACAAUGUGGAAAAUGGAGACCUACCGUCAACUCACGAAUCGUCCAUAAAGUCUUCAAUUAAACCCGAGGUUAAACAGAGCAAGACUCCUUUCGUCUGGUGCAGAUGGAUUGCAAAAUGGCCUAAAUCAUUUUUCGUCUUGACUCUGCUGGGACACCUUGCCUUCAUCGCUGCCUCCAUCGGACUUUAUUUCUCUGGUUACAACAUACUGGCGUUUGUUUUCGAAGAUUUGCCAUUACAUCAGCUCAAUGAUAUCAUGCACAGACGACAAUUGGCAUGGUUCUACAGACAGAAUGCUCUUGAUGACCUCACAGAUCAAACGGAGAAGCAUGAGAUCAAGAGGCGGUCAAUCGCAACAAAUGAAAACGACACAGGCACGGGCAAGCGCUAUUACGGACUUACAACUCUUGCUCUCAUAUAUGACGCAAAAGAUGAGAAUAUUUUGACUCUGAAGAACUUGAAGAGGAUUCAAGAAUAUGAAAAUCACCUCUUUAAUCUGCGCUCAUUCCAGUAUGAUUAUUGCCUAAACAACAAGAAAAGGAACGCCAAGUGUUGGCGUGUCCACUCACUGCUUAACCUGUUUUAUGAUCCUGACGCAAAUAACAUAACAAUUGCAAAUAUCACUGGUGUUCUUGCUAAAGCUGUCGCUAAACCCAAGCUAGCCGAACAGUUAAAAUGGAUCGCUAGUAAAGACUUUAGCGUCAAUGCUACACAGAAUAUUGCAUUUGCCACAAAAAUUCGAUCUGAGAUUUAUUUUGGUUUUGAUGGCCGUCGGGAUUUGUUUGAAGCAUUAGGGGACUUUGAGUCAUGGGCCUUGAGUUAUUUUCUGCCUUACCUCGAAGUCUCAAGCAGGGAACAACUGCAGCCUUUGACCCUUUAUUACGGGAACACUGGUCAUCUCUACUGGGCAAAGAUUGCCCACAUUAUUUAUGGUGACCUGUACCUCCUGAUCGGUUCCCUUAUUUUCAUAUUCAUAUUCACAUGGCUUCUCACGACGUCUUUGUGGGUCACGACUUGGGGCAUAUUCAGCAUUGUAACGAGCUUUGUGUGUGCCAACUUGAUCUACAAUGUUGGCAUUGGGUACAAAUUUUUCGGAAUCUUUAAUGUCCUCGCUUUAUAUCUCGUGCUCGGUGUUGGAGUUGAUGACCUGUACGUGUUCUUCAACACCUGGAAAAUGUUGGCUAGAGAACAAAAUCAACUGGAUCAGAUAUUAGACUUGACUUGUCGACGCGCUGGUUUUUCCAUGCUUAUCACUUCCGUCACGACCAUGGCAGCUUUUUUCGUAAGCUCGUUUUCACCAAUAUUACCAAUCUCAGCAUUUGGCACAUUUGCCGGUCUCACUAUUUUGGUAAACUACAUAUCUGUGAUGGUGUUUUUCCCCACCGUUGUGGCAGUAUAUCACGUCCAUUUCAAAGUAAAGAAUUGUUUAUGCUGUUCCCUGCCGUGCUGUGAAAGACUUCAAGAGCCAGAUUUCAGUUCUCGAUAUUGCGACACUUCAAGGAAUAUGACACAAAGCCUGAAAAAAGACCUUGGGGUGCAGUUUGGCUCAACAGAGACUGGAUGUGCUGCCAUUCAUCGGAAUGUAUUGCACUGGUUUGGGGAGAAGUACAGCAGAUUCGUGAGCCAUUCGAUCAUGCGUUGGGUCAUCAUUGCGGCCUUUGGAGUACUGGUUGGAUACAUGGCUUACUCACUCAGCAACAGUGAGCUAGAUGGCACCGAUAUCCAGAUUUUGAAACAUGACGACCCUUUUGAGAUAGCGAGAAACAUGCGCUUGACAGCAUUCCAUCCCAACAAGCACGACAACCCGCGUAUUGUAAUCAACUUGAUGUGGGGCUUGAGACCACAGGACAUGAGUAAAUGCAAAUUCUUGGAAUAUGAAGAGCAUAAGCCUUGCACUGGUCAUUCAGUUUGGGAUAGCCAAUUCGAUAUCAACCUGCCAGAGAACCAAAUUGCAUUACUGGGCUUCUGUGAGAAGUUACUAAAUGUAACAGGAGAGAUGAAGAGUAAACUGAAGCUGGUUCCAGAUCCCAAAGAACCCGAGAAGAAUCAACUGGUGUGCAUCAUGAAAAUCUUCAAUGACUUCUUGAAGGCGGAGUCGUUAAAUGCAUGUUAUCAGCCUAACGCGGACUUGUCCCUCCCGAUCACCACAUCCAAGCUUCAGAUGCUGAUAGACUGUCAUCAAGAUAUCUUUCUCAAUAUCUCCGCUGCUGCGAUCAGAAGACCAUUUGAGGUUGCCAUACAGUACUGGCUGUACAUUGUACACGAUUCUUCAGGGAGGUCGACCUUAAAGGACAAUCUUGGUUUCCUAGCAACGAGCAGUGUUUUGCUGACAAGGCCAGAGGCCAUUGGAAUCAAGAUCGUUGAGGCUAAGAUACAGUUUCUGCUCAUCCUUGUCACAACUUCUGGCCGGUCUUUCACGAUGCCUGAUGACGAGAGAAUAGAGAUGAAGAACAGUUGGGAAGAGUUCUUGGCGAAUGAGAUCGCGACAUUUCCCAAGUCUUUGCAGGGUGGGUUCCUGACUGUGGUUGGAUGGAGUUUGCUCACCACAAUUCAAGACAUCAUGCAUCAUGCGUUCACAGGGCUGGGGAUCGGGACAGCCAUAUCGUUCGUCACCGUCCUCAUGGGUACACGCAACAUCAUCGUGAGCCUCCUGUCGCUGCUCACCCUUGGAAGUAUCGUGAUCUGCAUUGUUGGUAUCAUUCCACUCGCAGGAUGGAAGCUAGGGAUUCUGGAAGGUCUUAACAUGUGCUUCGUCGUUGGCCUAGCGGUCGACUACACUGUCCACAUGGCACAAGCCUACAGCAUGUCCAUCUACAGCCAGCGCAGCGAACGCAUCAGAGACAGCCUACAGCAUGUCGCCAUCUCAAUUCUGUCUGGAGCCGCAACGACGCUAGGAGCUUCAUGUUUCAUGUUUUUGUGCAGAGUCCAUUUCUUUCUACAGUUUGGGAUAUUCAUUUUUGCUACCAUUGGUUUCUCGAUUCUGUUUGCCCUGGUGUUUUUUCCCGCUCUUUUGAGUGUGCUAGGACCAUCGGGGACGUUUGGGAAUCUCCUCCGGCCUGGUGGUGCGAAGAAAUCAUAUGUCUUGAAAGAUGUCGGCAGAGUAAACGAGGCAUACAUAAAAACGGACGAUGAAUCUCGCUUCUGACGCGGUAGUCUAUCGGAUAACUACUUGUAUUUGGUAUAAAGCAGUCAAACAAGGACCCUGUUUUGCGUGUUGUCGCUAUUUCUGGCUAUCGUCGCUGCUUUCUAGGGCGGCACUCAUGUCAAAGACAUGUCUGCCACAGCUAGAUUUAUGAGUUGUCCCAAGAUUUAGCACAGCUAGAUCGACUCUGUGGUAUCUCCAUGGCAUAGUCGAAUUGGGGCGUUCUGAUUGGUGAUAGCUCACAACUCGAGUUCUUUCCUGACUGGUAUUAAAAGCUACUUAUUUCUAAAAUGCACACGCUUAUGUUCUGCCAUGUUUAUCUUAUAUAGUCCAAACAUACAGUGGAUAUGCGAUGUAGUGGGGGCUGCUAUCAAAAAAUUGUGGUAUAGGUCCUUAUAAGGUCAUUGGUAAGAGAGCAAAAGUAAACAAGAAUAUUCUUAAAAGUAUUCUGAUCAAAAAUAAUGAUUUGAUCAAAAUUUGGUAUCAAAAUCAAUAUUUACCUAUCAAAAGCUCACUUUUGUUAUUAAAAAGAUUUUGAACCGGAUGUAUUGUUUUAUAUGUUCAUGUUCCCUGAAAAUCGUUCCUGAAACGAGCUUAAACUUUCCCGGUUUAGAUUUUGUUUACAGAGUGGUUUGAUGUAUUUACACUGAUAGUAGCAAAAAAAUGCAGUGUUGUAUCCUUCUAAAUAUUGCCAUCAUAAGCUUUUCUAUUCUAACUGUGAUAGUAAUGGCUUACAAAUGUAUUUUGGCCACAACUUUGUAGCCCAUUAGAUCUGUUAUAUAUUUAUCUAUUAUACAAGCUAAGCUUUCUGUGCCAUAUUCUUCUUCUUCUUCAGCGUUCAACCUGCCUAAGUAAAACUAUAACCUCAGUCCUGUGGCGGAGAUGAAGCGGCUUGUCACCCGAAGGUCCGGCUGUGUUCCCCACAGCUUUUCUUCGUCUGUGCCAUAUAAAUCAUUGUUGUCUCUACAAACUAUUAUAUAAUUUUAUGAAAUAUCAACUUAUGCGAAGAUACAAAUUUUAUGUUUUAGGGUAGCAUUUUACUAGCCAUGUGGACUCUAUUUUCAAACACCUUUCAAAAGACCUUUAAAGGGUAACUCGUGUCAAAUUUCACCAUAUAAUGUUUUAGCUGUUUUUGACAAAUGACUACGUCACUUUCUCUUAAAUCGGUAAGGUUUUCAAUCAAAAUGCACAUUUUCUAGAAAUUGAUGGUUUAAUCCCGCCCGGACGGCUCGCUUCGAUGCCGUUUUCGUUGAUGACGUCACAACCUGAACAAUUUCACGGUCGCGGUGGUUUACAUUCAGCGAUUUUAUAAUAAAUCUAAUUAAAAAUGGAAAAUUUGAGCUUUACAUUUGUGAUCAACAAUUAAAAACGGACGUAUUUCCGCAAAGUUGUAAAUCACAUCAUAGUAUCACUUUAACAGUUUUGUCAACUACAGAUUCAUGCAGUUGAUUGGGAACACUUGAAUACUCAUAUUAUUUUAAAGACCGGGAGUCACUGCCAGAUGGCAAUGUAUGACUCUGGUAGCCUCCUUAUGCAUUUUGAAUAUAAAUUUACCAAUGCAGUUAUGCUGACAAAUAUACAAAUACUAUGAAUACCAAGUUUCAACCAAUUUGCAAGUAUAAUGUGUUCACUACGACAUUGUGUACAGUGGAACCUUCCUUAGUGGACACCUCUCUAUUAAGGUCAACCUCUCCUAGGUUUGGUCCCAAAUUGGUUGUUUCCAUUCAAUUUGACCUCUCUAAUCAGGACACCUCUCUAUAAAGAACAGCACUUGUCAGGCCCGAGGGUGUCCUUAAUGGAGAGGUUCUACUGUAUAUUGCAAGCGUUUGUUAAACAUUCUUUUCUGGAGCCUGGUUUGUUAUUGUUGUUAAUGUUAAUUGUUCACAUGUAUCUUUAAUAAUUUACAAACAUUUUAUGAUAAUACUCUUGUUAUUCAACUCGUCCUUGACUAGCUGCUGUGAUCAGCUACCAUGUUUAAAGUAAGCGUAUCAGUAUCAAGUAGGUCUACUGGGUAUUCUAAUGAAGAAAGUCAGGCUUGUAACUCUGUUUUUGAUUUAUCUUCCUCUUCAUCUUCUCUUCCCUUACCUCUUACUUAUGAUGUACUUCCUUAUACAUGUCGGCCCUAUCUGGAGCAUAGGCCCUCCACUGUCUUUUUCCUCCUCUUAAGGUCUUGUGCUGCUGCCUCAAUUUGCCUCCAUUACAGCUGGAGGGACUUAUCGCUUUUACUAAAUAUCAUCUCCAUGUGCUGGUUGUCUCUUACUUCAGGGACCUCUAUUCAUUCUGUGAUUUUGACCACUGUCAUCUGGACUCAGAUCUCCUAAAAGUCCUGGUUCAGGCUAUUGUUUAGUGAAAUAUGUGAAUUUCAAUAAGAAGUCAUUUGCAAAAAUGGGCUGUGGAUAUGAAAAUUCCGGCCCGUAUUUAUCCUUUUGGAAAUGAGACCAGUAGGCUCUCUGGGGAACGGAAACUCUGCUUUUCACCCCUCGGUAGGGCCUACUCGAAACCAUGAACAAACAUCUUUUGUAAAGGAAAAUCUGUUGUACUGAACAUAAAAAUUGUCUGGCCAAGGAGAAUUUUAAAACUUUCUUUUUAUUCCUCCUCUCCCAAACCGUGGUGAACUGCCUACUAAAGAAUCAAGCUGAAACAAAACUCUUGCCUAAAUCCAUUAGGAUGUCGGCUGGUUUAUACAAUGGCACAGGGUUUAUCAAACAUCCUCUUAUCUUCCAGACUAUCACUAUCAGUGCUUUUCUCUUCCUCCACUGACUUUCUCUUGUCACAGUUUAUUGUUUCUGUUAGUAUUGGUACAAAAUAUAUCUUGUAUAAACUCCAUGACAAAGUUUUUUGGGUAAAAUUUUUUUUUCCCGUUAUAUUUCUCUGCUUGUGAUGAGGAACCUUUACCCAAUAACUCGGGAAGGUCCCAUUCCCGGUCAAAAAUUUAAAAUUAGUGUAUGACACAAUUUAUUCAUAUAUUUUUUUAACCCAAUUGUCAAUACCAAGCUGAUGGAUUUUUUUAGAUCCAUCGCAAAAGUUUGUAAAUAUAUAAGCAUGAGGUUUCAUUUUGACAUAUUUUAUAUUUAUUUCUUUAAUUUAUGAAUAGAAUAGGUCAGAAUUUAUUCUUGGUUAUAGGUAUGAAAAAAAAUUAAGUGAAUACAACUUUCAGAGUUGAUUUCUGCCAUCGCCAAAACUAUCUUUGUACUGGGUAUUGAAGUCAUUGGCGGAGCCAGGAGCCAGAAAAAGAGGGGCAUGCACUGCAUUUCUCAUUAAAAUUUCUGAUGUGUUCUAAAGUUUCAUGUUCAAAUGCCAAGAUUUUCAUGAAUUUAGGGUGGGGCGUGCAUCUGGUGUGCCCCCCUUGGAUCUGCGCCUGGUUGUAUAAGUCUUAUGUGCCAUUUCUGUAUGCUUUUAGUACUGUUGUACUCAACGUCUGCUGGAGAAAUAAAA